AUGAGUGUGAGAGUGAAUCCACUUCAACUAAAGCUAAAGCUAGAGAUUAUAUCAAAUAAAAGAAGGUUGGAAGAUUAUGAAACUGUUGCAUUUACUGAGGAGUGCAGUGCUAUAUUGCAGAGCAAGCUCCCACCUAAGCUGAAAGAUCCUGGAAGUUUUUCUAAACCAUGUCACAUUGGAAAAACAAGUAUUAAGAGAGCAUUAUGUGACUUGGGGGCUAGUGUCAACUUGAUGCCAUUUUCCAUAUGUGAGAAGUUGAAGGUUGGACAUCUAAAGCCGAUAACUAUUUCUUUGCAGUUAGCUGACAGAUCUAUAAAGUAUGCAGUUGGGAUUUUAGAGAAUGUGCCAUUAAAAGUUGGGAAGUUUUUCAUUCCAGUGGAUUUUGUUAUACUAGAGAUGGAGGAGGAUGUAAGAAUGCCCAUUAUACUUGGAAGGCCAUUUUUAGCCACUGCAGGAGCUAAUAUAGAUGUAAAGAAGGGGAAAUUGAAGUUGACAAUGGAGGAAGAGGAAAUAAAGUUUAAUUUAUUCCAACAUUCCAAGGAACCAACUAUGAUGAAUUCUUGUUGUAGGGUAAAUGUUAUAGAGUAUGAUGCUAAAAUUGAAGUUACUAAACUAGAGGAAAAUCAAACUAUUCCAAUGCAAUGUAAUCAGCAUAAAGUGCGAAAGAAAAAGUCAACAUUUUCACAUAUAAUGGGAAAAAGUUGA